UGCCGAUUGCCACAUCCAGUCGGUCGCUGAAAUUCUCGCCACCGUUCCGUUUCGGGCAUUCGGACAUUCAUUUGCAAAAACGUCACCGAACCGAACGGACACAGCCAGAUCCUGCGUACCGGGUGUGUUUGUGCGCUCGUUUUUUGUUGUUGUUGUUGUGUGUGCGUUGCCGUGUCAGUUUUGUGUGCUGUGUGCGCUCCCUGCUUGAUCGCUGCUCGGUAGUAUCGGUGAUUUAUUUUUGGAGUUUUGUGUGUGUGGGUGUGUGUGUUUGUGUUUUUUUGGGGCAGUUUCGUGGAUACAGAAAUUUGAUAACGCCAGAUGCAGCUGCUACACCAGCUUCGAAACGAUAAAGCUGUACCAGUGACAUUCUCCCUCCGAUACUAGGCAGCACAGCCCGAACGGUAUCGAAACAUCAAACGGUCAGUUACAUCCGUAUCCGUUAAAAAAAAAACAAACAAACAAACAAACCUCCCCAGCCAGUGAAGAUCCUGUAAGCCUUUACAAGUUCACAACCAGCGCACCCAGCAUGAACAAACUCAGCGCUUCGUGGCUUCUGGUGGCCCUGGUCACGCUCGGUGCAACGGUCGAUGCUGUCGAUCUUCCGGAGUACCUGCACGUCUGCCACCGCGAGGAUCCCAAGCUGACCGAGUGCAUGAAGGAGUCGAUCGAAACGCUCCGCCCGUAUCUAGCGCGCGGCAUCCCCGAGCUAGACAUACCCUCGAUCGAUCCGAUCCAUCUCGGGGAUCUGAUCGUGGCGGAGAGUGUGCCCGGCCAGGGCGUCAGUAUCUCGGCGAAGGACAUCAAGGCGUACGGUCCGUCGAACUUUAAGCUGAAAAAGCUCAAUGUGAUCGAGUACGGAAAGAUUUACUCGUUUGAGCUGGAGCUGCCGCAUCUGUACGUCGAGGGCCGGUACGUUGUCGAUGGCCGGAUUCUGCUGCUUCCCGUCAAGGGUUCGGGCAAAUUUACUGGAAACUUCACUCAAGGUAUCGGCAGCGUGCGCAUCAAGGGCGAUCGUAAGCGCAUCAACGGCAAGGAUCAUCUCUCCCUCGCUAAGCUCGACAUUAAAAUUCGCGUAUCGGAUGGUCGGGUGAAGCUGGAGAAUCUGUUCGGCGGUGACCGUGUGCUGGGUGAAAUCAUCAACGAAACCAUCAACCAGAACUUCAACCUGCUCAGCACCGAGCUUAUUCCGCUGAUCGAGAAAGCCCUCCAGAGGAUAUUCAAGCGUACAGGCAACAAAAUCCUCGAGCGCUUCCCGGAGGAGGUGCUCUUUCCCUGCUUUCUAGCAGUGCCGCUGCAAGUGACCGCAAUGGAUCGUUCUGGAAGUGCAGUGGGUCGCUCUGGUCGAGGCCAAAGCGCGCGGGUGACACGGUUACGGCCCAACAUGGUCAGCGGGUCGGUGACGAUCGCCGUGCUCGCCGUGCUGUCGGCGGUAAUUUUCCACGUGGCCGAAGCGAAGGAGAUCGCGAUUAGGAAUAAGGACGUGCCGCAGUACCAAGAGAAACCUGAGUGGCUGCGGGUCUGCAAGCGAGCCAAUCCCAACGAGGACGACUGCUUCAAGAAGAUGUUCGAGGGAACGUUCCCGUACAUUGCCAAAGGCAUUCCGGAGAUCGGCGUCCAACCGUUCGAUCCACUGCGGAUAGAGUCGAUCCAGGUGUCGCGCGGUUCCGGUGGCCUGACGCUCAGCGGCGGCUUCAAGAAGCUCAGCAUCAAGGGCCCCUCCAACACGACCGUCCGGCGGGCGUCGCUUGACUUUGAGAAGCACGCGCUCAGCUUCGAUCUCGAGAUACCGAAGCUGCGCAUCGACGCGACCUACAACCUGAAGGGGAACGUGCUGCUGCUGCCGCUGGUCGGCGACGGGGACGUAACGAUGUCGCUCAAGAACGUCAAGACAACGGUCGUGACCAAGUUUUCUGUGCGCCCACUGCCGGAGGAUGCAAUCUUUAUCGAGGAAAUGAAAGUGACCUUCCUUGUCGGGGGCAUGCGCAUACAUCUGGACAACCUGUUCCAAGGGAAUCAAGUGCUCGGGGCAUCGCUGAACCUGUUCCUCAACCAGAACGCGAACGAAGUGAUCGCGGAGCUGCGGUCCGACCUGGAGCACGGGCUGGCCGACAUCUUUACCGGGCUCUGGAACGAGCUGUUCAACAAGCUGCCGCUGAAGCUGUGGAUCGCUUAAGCGCUUCGCACCGGACACAGCCGCCGCAAGGACGCCGGUGGCGAAAAGGGCGCGGUUAAAGGACGCACCCGUGCCCGAUUGUUGUAAAUAGUAGCGGAUAGCAUUGAGGCCGGCAGGCUCAUUUCGUUUUUAGGCUACGUAGACUACGUAAUGUUGUAGGAAAGGAGUGAUGGACGGAAACGUUCGAAGCAUAGUGAUUAUAGUGUACGAACUGCUCACAAUAAUGUAAGCGCGUAGGGUGUAAGUGCUGUAAAUACG